UCGCCUUCUCUGUUUCCAACGAUACUUGUGAAACUAAAGAAUGAUAUACUAGUGUGUCAAUUCUGCCCGCAGCACAAACCAACAAUACCUGCUUCAUAUCAAAACAUCCAUGCCGUAGGAAUUCCGUUAGGUCUCACGACCAUAAUAUCCAAUCCCUACAACGGUCUAAGUGUAUACGUACUAAAUCCCUCGUGGAAUCAUUCUUAUGUCCAGUGAGUCUAGCGCCUUCGAUGAGGUCUUUUGCUUCCUUGGAAUGUGGAAAUGGGCCCACGUGUUGCGAAUAGAAGCUUGCGAUAGUUGCCGCCCCAAGCUUUCCGUUAGAACUAGUCUUAGGAAAGGCACUAUCAGUGUACCCUCUUCAACACUGACCAUGCCCACCACGUCCCGCCGGUAUAUGCAGAAGAAUGGGUAUAAAUAUGGCCGCUGAACCCAUCGAAUCUUAUUCACCAGGCGACUUCUCAACUCCUCCCAUCUAGUACAAUCCUCAACUCCAUCAUUCAAGAUGCAAUUCUUCACUGCCACCGUCAGCCUCCUCGCAACCGCAGGCGUUGCCCUUGCGUCUCCUCUCGAAGUCCGUACCAACACUUGCUUCGAUGGCAGAGCGCCUAUCUGCCUGGGCGCAACCAACCCCAGCAUUGGAACUGUCAACAAGGCCCAGGCUAUCACAACCAUCCAGCAGGCCUGCGCCAAGCAGCCCACCUGCGUGCCCGGUACCACGUACAACCCUGUCACGGGCAAGAUGCCUGGCUACACUGCCACUCUCAUUAUGGGAAAUCAGUGUGGUGGUGUGACCAGCUGGAGCCAGGAGGCCUGCCUUGCUCUUUUCCUUGACAAUGUCGAUGCCAAGUGCGGUGGCUCCUCUAGCGAUACCUUGUUCCACACUGGAUACCUUCGUUCGGUCUGCGAUAACACCUUUGUGUCUUUCAACCUCGGAGGUUAG